CGCUGGACGCAGUGAGGAAUAACUCAAACCUCACUUCCAGUUCCACACUGCACUUCACCGGCACUAAAAAAAACCUCAGACAUGGAUGACCCACUCACAAAAUGGCUCCACUUUCACACUAGCAUCAACAAGACGUCGGGAACGUGUGGUGUUUUCGACAGCUGAUUUAUAGAGAGACAUUUCAUAGGAUAUAACUGCAACGUGAUGAAAUUAUGGAAAAAAUGAAGCUGGAUCUUUGUCCUGGAAGUCCCGGUGCCAAGUCGUGCAUCCCACUGAAGCAGGAUUCCAUCAGGGAGAAUGGAUGCCAAGACCUGGAGGACUCGAAGGAGGAAAACUUCACUGGGGAAGGGGUUAAGACAGAUGACGCGCCUCUGCGGAACACGCGCAACGGGACCAUCAUCCUCAACGGCGUUGCCAAGGAAACCGCUUACGACGCCCUUGACCUGAAAAGGGAAGUACCAGUGAUCGAGCUCUUGAGGAGAGACGAUAUAAAGACGGGACAGCAGAGAACCGACAGUCAAACGGUACCGAUCACGGAGCUUCGCAGACCACCCGUGCCGUUGCCGCUGCCGCACCGAGACGCGCUGAUCGACGCUCGAAUGGUUCAGCUGAGCCCAAACGCGUUCCCUCUCCCGGCGCGAGCAAUGCUCUACAACUUGGCGCAACCUCUCGCUGCCAUCAACAGUCUUGGAGGGGAGUCGGAACAGUACGGCAUGUACCCCAGCAACAGGGUAAAGCGCCGUCCUGCGCCUUACGAGGUUGAGCUCGACGAGGCUGGCCAACCAAAGAUCGUAAGGCGGAUCUUCACCAACAGCCGGGAGCGCUGGCGGCAGCAGAAUGUCAACGGGGCGUUCUCCGAGCUCCGCAAACUCAUCCCCACCCACCCACCGGACAAGAAGCUGAGCAAGAACGAGAUCCUGCGUCUGGCCAUGAAGUACAUCAGCUUCCUGUCCAACCUGCUGGACGACCAGGAUGGAGGGGCCACCGUGGGCGUGGGUGACGGGACAGGGCUGCUGGUGGGUGGCCGUGAGGGUGGACCCCAGGUCCCCCGCCAGGACGGGGUAGGACUGGCCAGGGAGGACGACCUCCUCCUCCAGGGCGCGUUGUCGCCCGGGUCCAGCUGCGGGAGUCUGCCAGAUGGGGACGGCAGCCCCGAGAGCUUCACCGAGGACCAAGACUCACCUCCAGCCCCGAGAACUGUGCCCGUCCCGCGCGGUAGGGACCUACGACGCAAUGCACGCCCACAAGAUGGCGGCAGCCAGCGAUGACGUUGAUGAUAAUAGUGGUGGGGAUGGUGGUGACGUGGUGUCGGGGAUGACGAUGGUGGAUACGGAGUUGGUGGAGUUGAUGGUGGACCGCAGGAAAACAAAGGGAUUGACUUAUGUCCCCGGAAGAGAGAUGACUCAAAUAUGGAUGAGUGUGAGAAGGUCCCUAGCAUCUCUGAGCUCUAUCUAAAGAACGGUGCUUCAGGUUCUGGGAGCAUGCUGAUGCCAGAAUUUCACUUCAUCAGGAUUCUAAUGUCCUUUUUUGGUCCUUUUUUGGUCAGUUGGUUAACAAAAUGAAAGACUUGUAAAUUCUGCAUGCUUCAUGCUGUCUAGGACCUGGGUUGAGGAACACCUCAUAUUUCCUGCAUUAUGAAUGUUCAAAUACAGUGUGCUUCUGUUACACUAUCACGUUAUCAGUAUACAUCCUAUGUCAUCGUCAUGAAAGUAAUUGAUGCCAUGGUACCAGCAGGCGACGCAUCAGUCGACACCAGGAAAUGUCAAUAGGAAUGCCAUCAUGCUCUCACCUUGGGUUAAGAAUAAGAUCAAUCUUUGCCAGUUGUCAAUGAGGGCCAUUUGAACUGUUCUGAAAGUUUACGACAGCAAAAGAACUGUUUCGCUGAUAGCAAUGGCUUGAUGCCAAAUCCU